AGUCCAGAUAGAGCAGCAAUGGAGAAUGGCUCUCUUAAGUCGGGAGAUAAAACUUGUAAUAUUUACAUAGUAUCGGCUUCUAUUAUAGUUUUAUUAACACUGACCGAAUGUUCUGGACAAGUUACACAAACUGUGGAUGUACAAUGGACGACAUCCAUACGCCUCAAUGAAUACCGUGGCUAUCAAACAGUCAGUCUAACUUCCCUCCAUGUGCCAGCAGGUACCAUUGAGACCAUUUGGGACAUUCAGUGUUCCUCCUUACCAAAGUCCUGUCCAGUCCGCACCACACAAAUAUAUUUCCAACAUGGUGGAUAUCCAUUAGUAAGUCCAUACAAUGCUUCCUACCCUGCUGACUUUUACUUGAAUCGAUCAGACCUCCAUUUUGUUGAGGUUAAAACCAACAACCUUUCUCACCCACAUCACGUGACCAGUCCGAAACCUGGGACAUGGUUUGUUACAGCCUUCUUACCAAAGACACAGGAAAAAAUUACACAAAAGGGUUUAAAUGGGAAGACAUGUGGCUAUGGUAUGGGGAUACGCUUCAUCAACCGUGUACUGAGUAACAUUGAGGAUGUAUCAAUGACCAAACAUUCCAAAGUAUCUAUACAGUCACCAGCUGUGCUCACUUUACUAAGAUUCCUACCACCAGAGGUCACCACUGGUUACACUCUUUAUCUCAGUCAUUGUGUGGUGGACAAUGUCAAUGUUACUGUAUGUCCAGUCAAGGUUACUGUGUCCUCGGAGCACCUGCCCAACCAGUGGUCAGACGCUGACCCCUCAGUGGACUGUCGGGAGCAGAGUGAUGGUUGCCAUAUUGUUGUAGACAGACUGGUGGCUAACGAACACAACUAUGUUCGGGUAGAUGUACCGGAAAAUGUCACAGCUUCACUGGUGGAGUUCCAUGUCAGCUUUUCAUUGCUUCGAUGUAAACUGAGAUACAAACUGGAAGACACGAUGAAACGACGAAAAGGAAUCUUACAUACAACUGAUUCUAUCAAACAUGUGAUAAGUUUGAAAAACAGCAACAAUACAAGUGAUAUGGAUGGUGUGCUGCGGUUUAUAUCUGUGAGGUCGAAUGACUCAGAGAGUCUCCUGAACUACUCCAUAACUGCUGAUGGUAACCAGACCAGUUCACUAAAGGCACAUGAGGCUUGUCUGUUCCUGCCAUCAUUAGGAACCCUCCGCCUAGCCUCCGAGGAUUUUGCCUCAUUGUUUGUGUUUCCUGAUGCCCUACUUUACCCACAGCCCAACAACAAGAUAUUUAUCCCAGACAACCUGGUCUUACUGACCCACUACAACAUCUUCUCCAUGCAGGACUCUGGCAGUACCCUCAAGGUCGAGCUACAGAUGGUGAAAGAUCAGACGGACCCCAGCCAGGAUGCUGUAGUCUGGGUGUGUAUGAUGAAGAAUGUGAUACCAGGGAAACACUUGAUUGACGAGUGUGAGGGUGGGAUCAAGCUGACCGUUAAUUCAUCUGUCCAUGGUCCAAUGAUGACUAACAAACUGUACGUCCCCUACCCAGAGGAGGGUCGCUGGUACUUUGGUCUACACAGCAUGUGUUUUAACAAAAACAAAACAUUGACCCCAGAGGCUUGUAAACAGCUGCCCAUGGUUUCUUUACUGGUGUUUACGGCACGUUGUGUGGACGAGGAGUGUGGAACUUAUGGCCAGUGUCAGGAGUACAUCAGUGGCCUCCAUGUCUUUAGUGCCUGUUCCUGUUAUGCUGGUUACCGUGGCUACGGCUGUACAGAUGCUACAGAGGCUGAGUCAGAUACAAUGCUGCUUCUGACAGCUCUACUGUUAACCCUGAGCAACCUCUUCUUUAUACCAAGUAUCUUUGUGGCAAUUCAUCGACGUCUGUUUGUGGAAGCCCUAGUCUAUUCUUUCACCAUGUUCUUUUCUACUUUUUACCAUGCCUGUGAUACAAAGGAUGUAACCCAUUACUACUGUAUGAUGAAGUAUGAUGUGCUGAGUUACUGUGACUUUCUCGGCUCAAUUAUGUCAUUCUGGGUAACCAUCUUGGCCAUGGCACGUCUGUCCUCACCUGUCCGCUCAUUCUUUCACAUGCUGGGUGCCCUGUGCCUUGCCCUAGGUGUGGAAUAUGACCGACAUGGCCUCUGGGUGUUUGUUGUACCUGCUGCCUUUGGAAUCAUCAUUAUGUCCAUAUCAUGGGUGCGACAGUGCUGUUUACGAAAGAACUGCUAUCCCUCCAAGUGGCGCUAUGUAAAGUUCCUAUUGCCAGGAGUCCUGUUUGCAGGAACAGGGCUCGUAAUUUUUGCCUUUUUAGAAACAGAAGAAAAUUACAAAUAUACACAUAGUGCCUGGCACAUUGUAAUGGCACUGUCAAUUGUAUUCCUGUUACCAAGUCGACAAAAGCCUAAAGGGGCCAAACCUUACAUGCAACUGCAGACCCGGGGGGAGGACUCCGUCCCACUGAUGGACGAUUAUGACGAUGAAAAUGAUGGUGACGAUCCAUAUAGGGGAUUGACAGACCCCAGCAUUGUUCAGAGUUCUCGUAAUGUUGUUUUGUAGAUGUUUUUUUGUUUAUUUUGUUGAUCUCAUCUGUUUGUUAAAACUUGUUAAUAAUGGGUUCUUACUCUCUUUUUAAAAAUUCUUACAUCCAGAAAAAAGGUAAUUUACGAAACAAAAUAUUGAUGUAUAAUUGUAUGUACUUUUUUCUGAUAGUGAAAUUCCUAUGAUAAUCAUGUGUAUUGAUGCUGUAUAUAUAACCCUGAUCUGUGCUUAGUUGUUGGAUUAAUAUUUAAAGUUUCCUAUUACAUCAGAUUCCAACAGUUAGGAGUGUAUAGAUUUUUACAAAAAUAUGUCAGAACCCAUAUUAAAUUGUUUGCAUUACUUUUUUUUUUUUUUCAUGUCAUGCAUCUUUGAAUUCCUUUGUCAUAUCAGUCAUCAUGAAAGGCAAAAGAAUAUGGCCAAACUGAUCUUUUUAUAACAAAACUUUGAAUCAUAUGAUGUAUAACUAUAUGAUGUUACUACGUCAAUACCUUUAGUCCCAUCUUGUAUCAUGUAUGUCGGGUUUAAGUGGGCGAGCAUGCUUUCCUGUUGCUGUUACACUACAACAGUGUAUACAUAAAAUAUGGGCUACACAUCAUAGUCAACCAUUUUUAGCAGUAUAUAGACCAAGAUAGGAUACUAUUGAUGCAUGUAUUGGUCAAGUUUUAGAUUGAAAAAUUUGAGCAAGUUUGUCUAAACAGUCACAAUAAUCGAGAAUUUAUUAACUAUUGAUAAUGGUAAGGCAUUGUGUAGAGAGUAAACAAAUUGUAGAACCUUACUUGUAUUGUAGGAACUGAAAGGGUUAAUUGAGUAUUAGCUUGAUGAUUUAUUAAUACGAACUUUGCACUGUAGAAAGUCAAAAUAAAAAAUCUACAGUUACUUUAAGUGUAAAUUAAUGAGAAUGUCUAUACUAAUAUCAUACUAGUAUAGUAGAAUUGUCAAUUAAAAUGAGUUAUCAAUGGCAUACAGUCUCCUCAUCUAUUGAAAAAGGCAAGAAGAUGGUCUUUUGGGAUAUACUGCCUUCAUAUGUAAUGUCCACAGAGCACCUGUCAUCCUAUAGAGUUUUUCCAAUUCAAUAGUUUAUACAAAUUUAUUAACAAGGCAUUAUUAAGUUUUAUACAUAUUUUUGGAAUUUGUUUUUGUAUUCAGAUUGUCAAUUUUUGUUUUCUCUUAAUUUUGUAAAUGUCUUGUAUAAAAACUGCAAUAUAGCGAUAUACAUUUCAUAUGUAGUAUUGUGUCCAUUGGAAAUGCCUAAGUUAUUGUAUCUUUUCAUCUGAUUAGUAUAUAUAUUUUAUUCUUUUGUUUGAAGUAUUUUAUUGAAAUAAUGCAAUAUACUUAUAACACGUUAUCUACAAUAUCAAUAGUAUGAUAACAAGCGAUUUUACUGCAAACUUAAUUUCAGUAAAUAGCUCUUUUCACUCAUUUUAAUAAUUUAUGUAAGACAGAACAAUUACAAAACAAAUGGUCACAAUGUAUUCAAGAAUGUGGAUAAGUCAGUAUUAAUGGUAAUUACUUUUUCAGUUUUGAAUCAUUAAUACAAUAUGUAAUAAAUAAUGUAAUUUAGAGUCUACAUAUAUUUAAUAUUAGAAGUGGUAAGCAUGUUAUACGUAAACUUAUUGUCGCACAUUUAAGUGGAAUUAAGAUAUAGUUUUACAAGGAAGCCUAACAUCAAUAUCAAAAAGUGAUGUUAAGACAAGCAUAUCUUUAUAGUGCUAGAUACUUCAUGUUGUCACUAUUUUGUAUCCUCAACAGAAUAUUCUAUAUUCAAUUAAUAAGCAUUUGUUGUAUUUUUGUUUUUAAGAUUAAAUAUAUUGUAUUUUGGUGCUUGAAGCUGUAAUAUUUGUUUUAAGUUAUUUUGCUUACACUGUAAGAAAAGUAAGAUUUGUUUGUGUAAGAUAUAUGUAGCUUCACAUUUUGAGGCCAGGUAUUUCGAGUAGAAUUGUAGUUCAUUUUGUGGCUAGCUAUACUUGUUUGGGGCAUUUCAAAAAGGAGAGACCUCUGAGUUUAAAAACAGUCAGUCGUUUGAUCAACAUCUAAUGGUCAAACAGUACCAUGGCAUAUUCCAGGGAUGCAGAAAGCGAACGCAACCUUAACCAUGGAGUAUCGAUGAUGUUUGAGGCCACGCUUUGUAAGAAUGCUUCACAUUUCUAAUCCAUACUUGUUCGAGUAAUUAGGAUGCUAUGCACUUUCAUGACUAUGUUUCCCAUCUCCCUAUUAUUUAUAUUAUUUGCCAAAUGAUACUGUUCGCUGAAUUGCCAGUUGAUUAAGAGCGACAUUAAUGUAGGUAUAUUUUCGGAUGAAUAUGAUGAAUAUGAUGAAUAUGUAACACAAUAAUUUAUUAUUGGUAGAUAUUCAUAAAAUCGUUCUCGUGUCUGAAUAGAGUUGAUAUGCUCAAUCUCAUUUUCUAUUCAAAUUAGAAGAUAUAAAUGUACCAAAAACUGAUGAUACCAACAUUAAAACGAACCCAUUCAUUCUAAGUCGAAAUUGAUAAACCAAGGGCAAAUAGCGAAAAUUAGAGUUUUCCUUGGAGACCACAGAAAAAGUACAGGAAGACGUUCUGGAAGGGUGAGCGUCUUUUGCUUCAUCCACGAAACCUAAAAUGAAUGUCAUGCAAGUAUAUGACAUAAACACAAACCCAUAUGUAGUUUCAUUUCAUAAUCUGUAGUAACAUGACGAUGUUAUUUGGUUUCUAAUUCCAUGACAAGACUUUGGUGAGGUACAGGACAGUUUGAUAAUGUAUAUAACGAGGUAUGAGACUAUUUUAUGAAUAUAACUCCUUACGUCUAUAAUUUCGUUAUCUGUGAUAGAUAUAACCAAUAAUUGCAUUAUUAUGUUUAAUGGUUAUGAUUUCCUAUACCAUUCAUGUCGUAUCCAUUAGGAUCGAAUCUGUUUAUUUCUUGUGCUCCAACAGCAUAUUUAAUCCUAAUGUAUAUGUAAGUGCCGAUAAAAAAAUAGUGAGUACACAAAUGAAUUUUGUAUGUAAAUUACAUUGAAGAAGAGGUAAAGUAGUCUCUUAACCAGUAUUAAACAACCAUAUUCAACUAUUUAUCACAAAGGUUGUUAAAUCUGCUGGAAUAAGUGCAUGUAUCCUAAAUAUUGUACUUAAUGUUUUUUCUAGUAACUGUAUUUAAAAGAUUGAAUAGUUGAAUUAUUUAAGAUUUUUAUUAAUUUUCUUUGUAUACAUUUAUGAAUUUAAGAAUAUGCUUCAUAUUCAGAUCUCAAGUGCUUAAUUCGAAUACAAUUAAUUAUUGUACGUUUUAUGAAAAUUAAAUAUAAAUUUAUUUUGUUUAGAGAAAAGGUGUCAGCAUUGUAGUAAAACUUACGAUAUAUAUUCUAUGAAUAAAUGGAAAAUUAUGGUUAAAAUCAUAAACUGUUUUGAAUACAAAUCCUUCCUUGGAUACAAUCAACAAAUGGAAAAUAGAACAACAGAGCCAAAAAUGAAUUUAUACUGCACCAUACAGCUGUUUCUUCCUUCUAGGACUCGUGAGUGGUGCUAGGUACACCAUACAGCUGUUUUGUCCUUCUAGGACUCGUGAGUGAUACUAAAGCCUAAAGCGUUGACGAUAGGAGACGUAUACAAAUAUUUAAUUCAGAAGUAUUAUUGGAGGUCAGCCCUGUGCUAUUGAGAAGCUUCCGUUUAUUUCAUAUAGUCUCUAAUAUAGUCUCAAACAUAUAUCAUCGUUUUUCUAUUAACAAACAGGUACUGAGGGUCAUCACCGAAAUGGUAGACAACAAUAUGACGAAUGAUGCUUCCUUCUUAUAUUAUUUAACAUUAAUUUAUUUGUUACAUUGUGUUUCGUUUUAGCCUAUGUACAGGUAUCUAUUCACAUAUUCACAUGAAUGUCUUAAGAUACCGAUAUAUAUCCCGACUUUCUUCUGUAAGGGUUUUAGUAUGCCAAACUUGGUUUUUACGAACCAGAACGUUUACUCUUUGUUGUUUUGGCUAUGUAUAAUUUGUGAAAGUAUGUACAUCCAUUAGAUAUAUCCGACUAUUGAUUUAUGUAAUUUUCGAUAAUUUCUAUGAAAUAUCUUGAUAAGUUCAAACUGACUGAAAAUCAUCUUUAUUCUAAGGUUUGAAUGGACUUAUUGUUCAAAUACACAGAGUAGUAUACGAGUUAAUGUAUUUAGCUGGUAUUAAGAAUGGUUGUAUAGUCGACGCUUCGGGGUCAAUUAGUUUGUUCUUGAUCUGUGCAAUAGCCUACUUAAACAAAAAAUGAUUAUUUGUUAUCACUUUUCUGUCAUGGUUCAAUUUAUAUUUACGGUUCAAUUGAUCAGCCGGACUAUAUGUUCCGUUGGGUGAUUUGUACCCGUGAAAACCCAAAUGCGUUUGAUUCCGAAAUUAAUGAUUAUUGUGUACUAAAUGCUGUUUGUAACUAAUGUCUCUCUGUUUGUACAUACUUAACAUUACAAUUAUAUGAAUACAUUGUUGAUGACAUUUAUGUACCACGAUGAAUAAACAAUUUUCAAUUAAAAUAACUAAAAACACA